CCUGGUUGAGGUGGAUGCGCGCGCGCUUGUGUGUGUGUGUGUGUCAAAGUGCGCGUGCGCGUGAGCGAAGGGGGCGUGGCGGGAGAGCGCGACCGUUAGGGCUCCAGACCUGAGUGCGACGGCGUCAGCUCCUCAGUCCCUUGGUCGCCUUCACCUCGGAAGGCCAUGACCUGCCUGCCGUCCUACUUGAGCGGCGGCGGGGGCGCCGGGAACGCCUGCGCCGCCCUCCGCGCCCUGCUCAAAUCCUCGCGGCGGCACCACCAGCCGUCGCCGCCUCCGCCGCCUCCUCGCCCUCCGCGGCCCCUGAUCCUGAGCCCCCGCAGGUUGCGCUUGGCGUCGGGCCGAGGGGCUCCUCCUUCUUCGCCUUCGCCGCCGCCCGCUCUCCCUCCCGCGGCGCCUCUGAGCUCCUCCGCCUCGUGUCCGCGGGGCGAGGGCGGCGUGGCCGGGGGCUUCCGCCCCUCGCGGGUGGUGGUGGUGGCCAAGACGACCCGCUACGAGUUCGAGCAGCAGCGGUACCGGUGCGCGGGGCUCUCCGAGGAGGACCUCAAGCAGCUGCUUGCAUUAAAGGGCUCUAAUUACAGUGGACUACUAGAACGACAUCGGAUUCAUACAAAAAACGUAGACCAUGUUGUAGAUAGUUUAAGGAAUGAAAAGAUUGAGGUUCGACUUGUGAAGCGCAGAGAAUAUGACGAAGAAACUGUUCGAUGGGCAGAUGCUAUUGUAGCAGCAGGAGGUGAUGGUACAAUGCUCCUGGCAGCCAGUAAAGUUUUUGACCAAUUAAAACCUGUUAUUGGAAUAAACACAGACCCGGAUAGAUCUGAAGGCCAUUUGUGCUUACCUGUACGAUAUACACACUCAUUUCCAGAUGCUAUACAGAAACUUUGUCGUGGUGAAUUCAGAUGGCAGUGGCGGCAGCGAAUCCGGCUAUACCUUGAAGGAACUGGUAUUAACCCUAUCCCUGUUGACUUGCAUGAACAACAGUUCAGUCAAGAACAGCAUAGCAGAGCCCAUGUUAAUGAACGAUUUCAGGAUCAAAGGGCUCACAUUUCUGAACCACACCUCUUGCCUGUGAGAUCUUUAAACGAAGUCUUUAUUGGGGAAUCUCUCUCAUCUAGGGUGAACUAUAAGUCCUGCAAACCCAGUUUUAAAUUCUCCCUUCGUAGGGCCUCUUACUAUGAAAUAUCAGUUGAUGAUGGUCCUUGGGAGAAACAAAAGAGCUCAGGUCUCAAUAUAUGUACUGGAACUGGAUCAAAGGCAUGGUCUUUUAAUAUCAACAAAGUAGCAAGUCAGGCUGUGGAAGAAAUCCUUAAGAUUGCUAAAAGUUAUGACAGUUUAAAUCUUCCAUUGAGCAAGGAAUUAGUACAAAAAGUAACAAAUGGAUAUAAUGAAUCACUGCAGUAUAGUCCAGAGGAACCAAAGAUGCUUUUUAGUGUACGAGAACCUAUUGCAAACCGUGUUUUUUCAAGUAGCCGGCAGCGGGGCUUUGCUUCAAAGAAGGAGAUAAUUGAGCUCAAAGAAGGUUCUGCUCUUGUGAACCAAAAAAAGUUUGCAUCCGGUCUCGUUGUUGGGAUGCCUGUAUGGUGGUAGAUGGAGGAACUUCAUUUGAAUUUAAUGAUGGAGCAAUAGCAUCAAUAUUGAUCAAUACAGAAGAUGCACUGCGUACUAUUUUGCUAGAAGAAUGAAGAAACAGCUGGAAGCACUCAAUAUUCAAAUCACAAAGAAGGGAUAUACUACACCAUUUCAGAUGAACAUCGCUCUUCUGUAUUGACAAGUGUUUGGGAAACAAGAUUGAAAUGGUUUUUCAUUCCUUUUGGCUGAGAAAUUUUUGGGAAAUCAAUGUUUGUCAUUUAUUUUAUAAUAGCAAAGAUAGGUUGAACAUUUCCAUCUCAAGCCAACAAUGUCAUGACUAUCUAAAAUCUUAAAGUGCAGGUAAAACUAAGUAAAGUAAAACUAAGAUAAAGGGUCAAACAAGCUGAUACUGAUAUUAAACUGAGCAUUUCUAUGGCAUCUGUCUAACACCAGUUAAGCAAAAUAAUUGUUUUCAGUAUAUGAUGACAGUUCCAAAAAGCAAAUGUUAAAGGAUAAUUAACUUUAAGAAGCUAGGUAUGUGUUCAAUUUACAGCCCAAGAAUUUGAAGGUUUUUUUGUAUACAUGAGGAUUUUUACUCUCUGAUUUGUCAUAUUUGAAAUGCACUUCAUUACCCUAGUUUUUCUAAUCUAAUAAUCAUUGACUGCCAGGAGUAUUUAGUUUCUAAACUCUUUCUCCUUCAAUUUGAGUAAUACAGUGCCUAUCUUCUCUGGCAACUCACUUAAGAUUAUCACUUGUUCUUCAUUACCUUUUGGCUGUUUUUUUUUUAAAUAUUAGACUAAACUGGCUUCUGAAAAAUAUUUUUUUAGUAAAUUCCCUCUAUUUUUUUCUGCAGAAAAUGUGUACAGCAAUUAUCUUUGGCAAAAUGUUGCAUACUUAGACAUCAGGAAUUUCUUUUGUUUAAUUAAGUCUUGAUCCAGAAAAAAAAGGCCGUUCUCAGUACUAUGCUGAGGGCCUGCCAUCAGGAUACCAACUGGUGCUGAAAAGAUGCAGUUGAGUGUUGGGCCAGAUUACAUUGCCACAUAAGUGUGGAAAUCCCAUCUCCAGCCUAAAAAGGCAGAAGCAAGGUUUCUGCCAAGCUGAGACAGAUCAUAACUAGUGAAAGUGCGCAAAACCAUUCCUUUUGAAGUUUCAAAUGUGGAGGACAAUGUGUGCUGUAUUAAAGAGGUCUAAAAGGAGUUUAAUCUACACUUUCAAAGGGAGAUAUUCAGUUAUCUUGAAAUGCACUCAUUUGUCAAUGAAAUCUGUUUAGAAUGUUUUUUUU